GAAAAAUGACGCCGUUCGAUCUGUUGAAAAGCUCCGGAAUAUCACACUUGAUGGUCGUGAGCUGAAGAUCGAGUUUGUUGUUGCUCCUAAUUCCGGCUCCAUUACCCAAAGAAUUGGUGGAAUCAAUGAAUCUCGUCCUUCCACACGCGGAUCUAGCGCUCCACGCGGGACUUCGGCGCGGGGAGGUCGUGGAGGUCGUGGAGGUCGUAGAGCAGACAACAGACCGAAGAAAACCCAAGAAGAAUUAGAUGCAGAGAUGAGCGAAUACAUGCAGAUUGAUGAGGAUUCAUCCCAAGCAGCUGAUCCUGCCACUGUUCAAUUGGCACAAUAA